GAUGAUCCCCACACUCACUCUCCUUCCCCUCUUCCCCUUCUCUCUUUCUUCUUCCUUCUGCGAAGAAGAGGAAGAAGAUCGAGCUUAGCCGGCCAAAAUAGAAAAAAGAGGGGUUUAGCAGCAGAGAUUGCAGGCUGGCUGUCUAUCUUCUUUCUCCCGUCUCCACUCUUCUCUCCUUAUUCGUCUCCAACUAACCCUUCUUCCUCCCUCUCUCCCAUCCGCUGAAAAAACCAUCUUCAGCUAUUUUCUCUCUCCCUGCCUCCUUCCGCCUUUGUUAUUCCCAUCCCGACUCUUCCUCUCUCUCUCUCUCUCUCUCUGCCAUGUCCUUUUCUCCAUUAACCCAGACCCAGACUGUCUAAAAAUGCUCCAUCAUUCCUAAUCUCGUUUCCUCGCCACGUUCUCGGGAUUUGAGCUGUUUCUGGUAUCGUCUCGCUCUUCUUCUUCCUCUGUAGCUGGAUGAGGAGAAAUGGCGGAAGGAAGCGAUGAAGCUCGCUCACUCUCGAUCUAAUGAUGGGUAGUGGAUUCCAAGUGCAGAAUGUGGAGGCUGGGAGUAGCUGUUGUUGCUGAUCAGUGAUCAUAAUUGAAGUUGAUAUUUCUGGGUAGCAAAAUGCUGAUGCCAGGAGAUAUUGAUCUGAGUUCGGUGCCAAGGCACACAGACCCGCUUAAAGUACUUGUUCAGCAGGCAAUGCUCAAACGGGAGGCUAUGUAUAACCCUCAAAUCCAUGGAGAACUCCAUCGUCGAUCAAAAACACGGAGAUCACUCAUGAUGGAUAUUGUUGAUAAUAACGAGUGUGGAAGUAGCUACAAUUCAAGGAAUGUGAAAGCUCGGUCAUGUUUCCUACCUCCCAAAGAUGCCUUGAGAUACGAAUUGCUUGCUAAAGAAGCACGGUUUUCAUCAGUUACCGAGGUACGGUCUACACAUACACUAAAGCAGGACAUAUUAGAGGAAUCUACGCAAAAAUCAGUAAACCUCCAACUUUCUGCCGAUGAAUUCAUUCAUCAGUCAGGAGAUGACCUUCAAGAAAAAGGAAACGUUUGGAAUCUCUUGAAAGAACCUUCCAAUUUCCAGCAUCCUCCUACUGAUAGAAAUUCUAGUAUGAAUAAAGGCGAGUUGAAGCUUUCUCUUGGUACCAAACGACGCACUAGAAUGUAUGGUGUAAGCGGUACAUCAAGCACUAGGUUUGAUAAGAAUGAUUAUCUGUACAACAACCCGAUUGUGAUUGAUUUAGAAGAUUCAGUUGGGAAGACACAUGAUGAUUAUGCAAGGUGCAGUAGAAUGCCUGAUGCACGUGGUACGUCAGCUACCUGGUUUGAUCAAAAUAGGCAUCUGAAUAAUGCUACGGUGAUAAAUUUGGAAGACCCAGUGCAAGACAAUAAUGCAAGACGCCCUAGAAUGCCUGAUGUACAUGGUGUGCCAAGCACUUGGUUUGAUAAGAACAGGCGUCCGAACAAUAAAAUUGUGAUUGAUUUAGAAGAUUCACUUGACAAGGCACAAGAAAGCUCUGCGAGAUGCACACCUUUCAGUUCUGUCUGUCAAUCAACUUCCAGGGAGGAAUUGACAGUCUCAAAAAAUGAGGGGAAGAGAAGAUUAUAUUAUGAAAGAGGUCCCCGUGAUGAUUCUUGCAAUGGUAUUUCCUCUGGAGGCCAAUUGUUUCUGGACCUUAACGAAGAAUACCGCGGUGAUUCUUACUCUGCUGGUGCAUGCACUGGACUGCUUGGUAGUGUGGAGGAAGGAAUUCUUCCUGUUGGGGUAGGGAAACAACAAGUCAUCUGCAGAUCAAAUGAAACAUCUGGUGGUAGAGCAGAUAAUAAUGUAUCAAAGCUUACUCUUUUGGACCUCAACAUAAAAUGCGAGAGCACGGGCUGCGAGCUGGAAAAUGAUUGUGAUGAUGGUAGAAUUGGUAGCUUUAAGUCCCAGAUAGAGUCUUCUGAAGACCCUGGCAGCUGCGCUGAUACCAAGACUAACCUUGUCAAGCUGAAGUCAAAUAAUCUCCUACUACAGGAUUUGAACCAUAUGCCUGCUAGGGAUGGAGGAGAAAUGAGUUGUGGUACAAGUGGAGUAGAUAAUCCGGCUUCUUCUAUGUGGACUGACGAGAGCCAAAAUGCAUUACAUGGCAACAAGUCGCCCUCUUCAUGCAAGUCCUGCAUUUCUGACAAUAAUUCGGGCAGCAUUAAGACAACCAAUUCAAUCACUGGGUCAAACAUUAAUUGCCCUGCAAGGGCAACUCUGUCUGUUAGUGAUGGAGAAAAUGGAGGUCUCCUUAACAAGCAAGCAGAGCAACCAGCUAGAGUGGAAGAUGCCAUGAUGAGAAGAGCAGCUGUUUCACUGAUCUAUUUGGCCCUGGAUGACACAGCGGCAGCAGCCCCUUUUGAAGAUUCCAAGCCACAGUAUUCUAUUGAUUCUUACGAGUUAAUUGCUAUGAAUCUGACACAAAACAUGGACGAUGAGGAUUCUGCAUCUUCAUCAAAGCCAUUUGAAGCAGACCUUGGCGAGGUUAAGGAUCUCGGUUCUAAGUGGAAAAGAGGGAGGAGAUUGAAAGACUUUCAGAAGGAGAUACUACCUGGGAUUGCAACUCUUUCUAGACUUGAAAUCCGUGAGGAUAUAAACAUCUUGGAAGGGGUUCUUAGAUCGAGGGAGUACAAGAGAAUGCAGCAGGCCAAGGGAGUGCAUGAGGAGAACUGGUCGGGUUUGGCUAAAGGGAAACGGUCUAGAAGAAACUGUGUUGGAAAGAGGAAAUCUUCAUAAAGAAAGCUGGGGGGGGGGGGGGCACACAUAUUCUUUGAUCUUUCCUAUGACUACUGUUAUAGGUCUCAGCUCUGUUGAUUUAGGACAAAAAAGGGGAUUAGAAUUUGAUGUCUUCACUAGGUUUUGAUAUUGAGUUCAUAAGGCCCUCUACAACAGUUAUCCUUAAACAACAUAUUCUAGUUCAGGGUUGUUCUUUACAUGUAUCAAGGAUAUACAUAACCAUGGGUCUAUUGGCUUGGAAUGAUUCCUUGUAAUCUAUAUAAUGGUUGGAUACCCUAUUUGCGAUCAUCAUUGUACUGAGUAUGGCGAGGGGUUGAAUUUUGGUAUGAUGUAAAGAAGACAAGGGAAGAUAGGUGGUGAAUAUGGGGAUCAUGGAAAUUUGCAUACAAGACUUCGUAGUGUUUGCGUUUGCAAACACUGAUACCAUAUCAUGAACUAAUUCGUCAAAUGGCACGCUUUUUUAGAAAUAUAUUAUAUUGCAUUUAAUAUCAUUUUUGGAGUAUGUUUGAUUCUUUAAUCCUUUUUACUUUAUGGAUUCUAAUUUGUCCUGUUGAUUCUCAUCUACGUGGUCAUUUGUUAAAGGCUGAUUGUUGUGAUGGUUGUUCUUUU